AUGGCUUCUUCAAUCAUAGCCUGCAACUUCCACUGUAAUUACCAUCCUUCAAUACCCCUUCCAACCUCAGCCACCCCUUUUUCCUUAUCUUUCUCACACCCUCUACUUUGCGCCUACAAUGGCCUUUCUCUUCACUCUUCAACCUCCACUUUCAGAGUUUUUGCCAAGUUUGAGAAGUUCCCAACCCAAUCCCCGGAGCCCGAUCCACAAUCCACAUUAGAAGAAAAUACCGAAACUUCUGUUAAGGAUGAUGAGGAAGAUGACAGUUGCUUGCCUUCAGACUUGGAUGGGGCAGUGAGGCAAUCUAGUGAGGCCACGGCCAUAUUUGUAUCUUCAGGAGGGAUGAGAGCCACAGUUGAACUUUUAAUCCCCCAAUUGCAAUUUUUAGAUGACGAAGGUGCGCAGGUUGAACUCUGGGAAUUGUCAAGAAUUUUUUUGGAUACACUCAUUGAAAAAACAAAAUCCCAGAGGGUUAAAGCCAUAUUUCCAGAUGCUGGUGCGGCAGCCCUUCUGAAGUAUAGGUGGAAAGAUGCUAUAUUUAGAUUUGCAAGCUUGAGUGACCGGAAGCCCGUGGAAGGUGAUGAUGAGAUUGUGGUUAUGAUUGUUCCAGAUUAUCAGAUGUUAGAAUAUGUAGAGAGAAUUGCAUCCAAUCUCUCAAAUGAUCCACCUAGACCGCUCAUCAUGUGGAAUCCUCGCCUGAUCAGUGAGGACGUCGGAGUUGGGUUUAAUGUCCGGAAAUUAAGGCGCUUCUUUCUAAGCACUUUUACAACUGUCUAUUUCAUGCGACCUAUGCCAUUUGGAGCAAUCUUCAGGUGUUAUCCAGGACAGUGGAAAGUGUUCAGUGAUGACAAGGAUAGGCCGAAUAGAUAUUUGCUUGCCAAGGAAUUCGAGAGCCGUCCUGAUGCUGACGACAUUGAGAUUCUAUUUGCUGAUGAAGAACAGAAGUCAGAGCAAGGGCAAGGUUUUCUAGACAAAGCGGCAGGCAUAUUCUCUUCAAUUAGCCGGAUGAUUAAGUCUAUAUGA